AUGCCUCCCAAGCGCCCCGGCGACCCCAGCGGCGACAGCCCGUCCAUGGCCGCCAAGGUCAAGCUGCCCAAACUCGACCGCGAGCCCGAGGACUUCUCGAGCGUAGUCAAGAACAAGCUGCAGUCGUACACGCGCACCGGGCAGGCCUGCGACCGAUGCAAGGUGCGCAAGAUCCGCUGCGACGCCCUGCCGCAGGGCUGCUCGCACUGCGCAAACCAAAAGAUGGAAUGCUUCGUCACGGACCGCGUCACGGGCCGGACCGAGAAGCGAGGCUACAUGCAGCAGCUGGAGCGCGAAAAGACCGACAUGCUCAACCACAUCCGCGCCCUCGAAAAGGUGCUCGAGAGCAACGGCAUCGAGGUCAAGCCGUGGCACUGGUCCCAGUACGGCCCCGACCACCCGCCCUGGAUCACCUUUGACGCCUUUGGCAACCCGCAGCCGCCCGACCCGGUGCUCAAGGACCAGUGGUCGCAGGUCGGGUCCGCCUGGGUGCGCAACUACCGCACCCGCCCGCCCGAGCAGAUGCAGCAGCUUACGUCGUUUGCCAACGCGGCCGCCCUCGAGGCGCGCCCGCCGGGGCUCACCCACCUCGGCGUCGCCGCCGAUAACGCCCCGCUGAGCGCCAUCAAAGGCACCAAACUGUCCAUCCUCGGCACCACGGUCGACAUCACGUCCUUUGCCGCCCCCGAGAUGGACGACCCGCCCGCCGGUCCCGCCGGCUGCCCGCCCACGCCGCUGUACAACAAGUCGGUCCAGGCCUUUUUGCAGUCGGCCAUGGGCGUCAACCCGCCCGUCGAGGGCGUCGACCUGCCGCCCCGCAAUGACGCCUUCGAGUACGCCGAGUGGUACUUCCUCAUGGUGUACCCGUUCCAGCCCGUGCUGCACAAGCCGUCGUACCUAGCGCUGCUGACGCGCAUCUACGACGACCCAACCUUCCGGCCCACCAGCGCCGAGCUCGUCGUGGUGCACAUGGUGUUUGCCUCCAUCUACUUCCAGUACGGCGCCAGGAACCGCGAGGACUACGAGAAGCAGACGCGCCUCAACGACCUGGCCAACAAGCACUACCACUGGUGCGUCUCGCGCUUCUUCGACCUGGCCGUCGACCCCGGCCUCACGGCCGUCCAGGCCCUCGUCAUGGUGGGCAACUACAUGCGCGCCUUCCCCAAGCCCGGCUGCGCCUACCUGGUCGCCCAGUACGCCCAGCAAAAGGCCACGGAGCUGAACCUGCACAAGGGCAGCCCCGGCGCCGCCGACGGCAGCGCCAUCACGCUCGAGACGGAGCUGCGCCACCGCGUCUGGUGGUGCGUGCUGACCCUGUCUGUCAUUCUGAACGGCCGCAUGGGCCGCCCCAUGCCCACUAUCCUCGAGGAGUUUGACGUGCCCUUCCCGCUCGCCGUCCCAGACGAGUGCCUCACCCCGGACGGGCUCACGGACCGGUCGCGCAUCGGCGUGUGCAGCUACGCCGUCGGCCUGUCGGGCUUCAAGAUCGUGCCGCUGUACAUGGAGAUGUACUCGAACCUGUACAGCGUGCGCCGCGACCCCAGGCGCCAUGUCGAGGUCGUGGCCCGCCUCGAGGAGCAGCUGCGCGCUUGGGAGGACCAGCUGCCCGACGAGCUCGACGUCAACAAGAGCAAGGGCACCAACACGCACAUGUUUGCCCUCUACUGCCACACGUACGCCCUCGAGUUCCGCCUAUGUCUGCGCCACCCAUCGGCCUGCACCGUCGCCGACCCCGAGUACCAGGCCGAGAACAUGCGAAUCUGCGCCGAGACGUCGCGCGAGCUGCUACGCCAUAUCCUCGUCAUCCACAAGCUCAAGUCGCUCGACACCACCUGGUACCAGACCGCCGUUUACGUCGCCGCCAUUUUUUGUACCCUGGUCGAGAGCUGGGAGCGGAGGUUCCAUAUUGCGCCCGAGGAGGUAGCCACGCUUAGGAGGGAGAUGGGCAUGUGGCUGUCCAUCAUUGAGGAGAUCGGGAUGCUGCUAGGAUCCACAGGGCUGUGCGGUGACAUUGGCAGGAUAGUAGAGCACACCAUCACAUGGAUAGAGACCGACAUGGGCCGGAAUCAGGCCAACGGGUCGUCCAGCCUUACCUCACAACACCACUCCCUACAAGCGCAGUCGAGCGCGCCGACCACGACGGGCUCAUCCCCCAGCGACGGGUCGACACAGCGCGCCGUGAGCCGCACCGGCAACGGCAACGGAAACUAUUACGACGCUGCCGCCGCCGCGUACCACCAAAUCUCAAGCUACGCCGACCACAGCAACCCGGUGGCCAACGGCGCUGCCGGCCCGGGCAUGGCAGGAUACGACAGCGCGGGCGGCGCAGAUGGCAUGGCGCUGUACGGGGCGGCCGCCGCAGCACUAGCCGCCUCGACGUCGUCGUCGACGGCGGACGGCGAUGCCACGACUUCCCAGAAACAGACAGCCGUGGCCGCCAGCACAGACCCCCUAAUCUCGUUCGCCUCGCAGGCCACGCAGCUGGCCAGCGGCGGCAGCACGUGGACGGACUGGACGAGCUCCAUCACGGACAUGCAGCACCGGACGGGUGCCAGCACGCUGCUGAACCUCGGAACGGGCCAGCACCAGAUGGGCGGGGUGGACGGGUCGCAGGAGCAGCAGCACGCGGCUGUGGGGCUCGCGAGCAUGGCGUCGGCGGCGCAGCAGUGGCCGCUGCUGCUGUUUCCCGACGUGUCGUCGGUCAACGGCAGCUGA